CAGCUGGGCCUGGAUAUGGAGGAGCUGGAGGAGAUAGAAGAAGAUGCAGGUCUCGGCAAUGGAGGAUUGGGACGCUUGGCAGCUUGUUUCCUUGACUCAAUGGCUACACUGGGUCUGGCUGCCUACGGUUAUGGGAUCCGAUAUGAAUUCGGGAUAUUCAAUCAAAGGAUUAUGAAUGGAUGGCAGGUGGAGGAGGCUGAUGACUGGCUUCGAUAUGGGAACCCCUGGGAGAAGGCUCGUCCUGAGUACAUGCUUCCUGUACAUUUCUAUGGCAGAGUGGCGCGCACUGCUGAAGGUUCUAAAUGGGUGGAUACCCAGGUAGUGCUUGCGAUGCCUUAUGACACUCCAGUUCCUGGCUAUAAAAACAACACUGUGAACACCAUGAGGCUUUGGUCAGCAAAGGCACCAAAUGAGUUCAACCUGCAAGAGUUUAAUGUUGGUGACUACAUCGAGGCUGUGUUGGACAGAAAUCUGGCUGAAAAUAUAUCCCGGGUUCUCUACCCCAAUGAUAAUUUCUUUGAAGGCAAGGAGCUGCGGCUGAAGCAAGAGUACUUUGUGGUAGCGGCUACGCUCCAAGAUAUCAUCAGGAGAUUCAAGUCUUCCAAGUUUGGAUGCCGGGAUCCAGUGAGAACCUGCUUUGGCACUUUUCCAGAUAAGGUUGCCAUUCAGCUAAAUGACACCCAUCCUGCUCUUGCCAUUCCUGAGCUCAUGAGGAUUCUUGUAGAUGUGGAGGGAAUGGAAUGGGACAAGGCUUGGGUCAUUACAAAGAAGACCUGUGCAUACACCAAUCACACAGUACUGCCUGAAGCUUUGGAACGCUGGCCAGUUCAUAUGUUUGAGAAACUGCUGCCUCGCCAUCUGGAGAUCAUCUAUGAAAUUAACCAGAAACACCUGGAUGAAGUGGCAGCCAUGUUUCCUGGCGAUUUGGAUCGGCUGAGGAGGAUGUCUGUUAUUGAAGAAGGAGAUUGUAAGAGAAUAAACAUGGCUCAUCUCUGUGUGAUUGGCUCUCAUGCUGUCAAUGGUGUGGCAAGGAUCCACUCGGACAUAGUGAAAAAUUCAGUCUUUAAAGACUUCUUUGACGUGGAACCACAGAAAUUCCAGAACAAGACAAAUGGCAUUACUCCAAGGAGGUGGUUAAUGCUGUGCAAUCCAGGCCUGUCUGAUAUAAUCGCAGAGAAAAUUGGGGAAGAUUUUGUAACUGACCUGAGCCAACUGAGGAAACUGUUGAAUUUUGUGAAUGACGAGAGCUUUGUGCAUGAUAUUGCUAAAGUCAAGCAGGAGAACAAGUUGAAAUUUUCUGCUUAUUUGGAGAAGGAAUACAAGGUUAAAAUUAAUCCUUCUUCAUUGUUUGACGUACAAGUGAAGAGAAUCCACGAAUACAAGAGGCAGAUCCUAAACUGUUUGCAUAUCAUCACUUUGUACAAUCGAAUCAAGAAAGAUCCAUCCAAGGUAUAUGUGCCAAGAACAGUCAUGAUUGGAGGAAAGGCAGCUCCCGGCUAUCACAUGGCAAAAAUGAUCAUAAAAUUAAUCACCUCUGUGGGAAAUAUUGUCAACAAUGAUCCUGUGGUUGGGGACAGACUUAAGGUUAUUUACCUAGAGAACUACCGUGUAUCGUUGGCCGAGAAAGUGAUUCCAGCUGCUGACCUGUCUCAGCAGAUCUCCACAGCAGGCACGGAGGCCUCCGGCACUGGAAACAUGAAGUUUAUGCUGAAUGGUGCUCUGACCAUUGGAACAAUGGAUGGUGCCAAUGUUGAGAUGGCAGAAGAGGCCGGAGAGGGCAAUUUGUUUAUCUUUGGCAUGAAAGUGGAGGAUGUGGAAGCACUUGACAAGAAAGGAUACAAUGCAAAAGAGUACUAUGAUAGAAUCCCAGAGCUUCGGGAAGUGAUCAAUCAGAUCAGAGAUGGCCGCUUUUCUCCAACAGAACCAGAUCUUUUCAAGGAUAUCGUCAAUAUGUUAAUGAAUCAUGACAGGUUUAAGGUAUUUGCAGAUUAUGAAGCCUAUAUUAAAUGCCAAGGAAAAGUGGACCAAUUAUAUAUGAACCUCAGGGAAUGGACCAAGAAAGUCAUCAAGAACAUUGCUUGCUCUGGCAAGUUCUCCAGUGACAGGACAAUAAGUGAAUACGCCACUGAAAUCUGGGGGGUUGAGCCCUCCGCUGUGAAGAUUCCUCCACCCAACAUACCAAGGGAAUAG